AUGGAUCGCCAAACCUAUAACAUCGGACUGAUACUAUCGUCACCUGUUCACGUCAAUUUAGCCGCUGCAUUCUUUGACCAGAUACACGAAGAACAUUUUUCUGUCCCGUUGAGCAUAACUUACAGCACUGGCCGAGUUGGUGAACACAACGUCGUCGUUGUUGCUGCAAAUGAAAUUCCCGCAAGCGAAACUCGAGACACCCAAGAAAUCUUAGAUGAUUUGCUCAAGAGAUUUCCCUCCGUUCGUGCGUGCUUCUUGGCAAGCGUCGAUGCAGUAGCAUCCCAAAGAGGCCGUUGCGUAGUAGGCGACGUCGUCGUCGGAAUUCUGCCCAACCGACGAAAUGGUGUCACUCACUUCGAUGCCGAGAAAUCGACACUCCAAAGGCGUCUUGUUGCUACACGGGAAAUGAAACAUGUACCUGGGGUUGUGGCCGCCGCUGUCGAGGAAUCACUUGACUUGAAGAAGCAAAAUUACCGGCAGCGAGAUUCUGUCAACGGCAGCAUACAGCCUCAAUUCAAAAGUUUCCGCGGAGUAAUAGCGUCUUCAUCAACCCGUCUAACCGACGAGGGCCUGGUCGAUCGUAUAAAAACCGAGAAUGAUGUCUUGUGCUUUGAAACGGCGGCUGCACAUUUCAGAAAUGAAUCUCUUGUCGUUAUGGCUGGUAUUACAAGACAAACGGGUAAUAGCAGCCAGAUCUUGUCAAGCGGAGGUGUCUGCGGGAAUGUUCUUGCGUAUCUGAACAGCCUCAUCUUACGGGUCCACACCGAUAACAUUGCACAAGAACCGACUCUAUUAAGUCUUCACGAGUUCAAACACUUCGAUCUCGAGCGACCUGGAUUUCGACUCUUGAGACUUGAACGGGGUUCGCGAAACACGCCAGUUCACUGUCGCCUGAUUCAAGCAUACCUUCCGCAGCAAGAAGAAGAGACUGCUAGCGAACGCACUACGCAUACGAACCAGGACAUCAUACCGUACGAUUCACUGUCAUAUUGUUGGGGAGAUAGUACCAGACUAUGCCAGCCGAUUCAUGUGGACGGAAAAAUACUCUUCGUCACCGAAAAGCUUCUCGAGGCUCUCAACUACCUGAGGCGCGAAUAUGAAGACCGCAUACUGUGGGUUGACGCUAUUUGCAUUGAUCAGAGCAACGUCCAAGAGCGCGGACAUCAAGUCGGAUGGAUGGGGAACCUUUAUGCGCAUGCCGACCGCUUGUGGAUCUCAACACAGUCAGAGCACAAACUACCAGGCUGUGACUCCUCGACUCUCAUCGCUGAUUUAAUGGCGAAUGAGUGGUUUCGUCGAGUUUGGAUCUUACAGGAGGUUCGGAAUGCAUACAAGGCUUCAAUUGGCUGCACUGCGGGUUGGGUUGACGCGAAGGUGUUUGCCAUCUCGAUUUCUCUCUCUGGAAUCAAGCUGGACAACCAGGUUGCAGCGUUGAUGAGCUUCUUACCUGGUCCGACAAGGAAGUUUUCGCAAUGGGCACAAGAGCCAAACAUUUGUACCCUACUGUGGAAAUUUCGAGAAAGCCAAGCGAGUGAUCCUCGAGAUAGGUUCUACGCUCUCUUAGGUCUUGCUUCGGAUACGAAGAUCAAAAAAAAGGAAAUUGUGGCAGAUUACACCAAAACGGAAGAGAGCCUCGUAGAGGAAGUCGUGACCUAUAUUUUUGGCGAUCAGGUUCGUCGCCAUUCUUGUACUCUGACGAAGAUGGCACAGGUACAAGAGAUGAUCCCGAAACUCUCGGCCAUCGCGUUGGAGAAAUUAGUUUUCUCCGGCGUAGGACCCGCGGAAGUGCAGAAUCUCGUUCAGAGACAGAACUCGACGGUCUGGCUCUCGGAAGCCCCCAUCACCUACGCAUGGUGUACGCAAAUAGGUCUAUUUGACUACUUCCGCUCUAAUCCUGUAUUUCGUCAAGUUCCUCAUAGCCAACUUACUGCAGAAUCGCCUGACUGGCGAGCACCUGAGGAAACACAACCAAUAAGCAGAUAUUCGAAGCAGACUCUACAGGAGAACAGCAUUCAGAAAACCAUUUUUGGGGAUGAUAUGAAAAUCCCGAGAGAGAACGAUACGGCCAUCGCUCUGUUGGCUUCACCACCUAUUGGACAAAAUCGACAAAUCUACAUCACUAAAAAAUUUGUUGAACAUGUAGCGUUUGAGGGCCCCGAGUCUUUCGAGUUGUUGCUUAGUAGCCGAGGAAGAGAAGUAAGGAUGACUGAGAAUGCAGUGCAGACUUUGCGGCAAUGUGGCGUUGAUGUGGUUCAAAUGGUCCUUCGUCACCCUCAAGUCACUGAACAAGUUAUCAAGGAGGCGGCGAUCUAUUCUGGGUCUAGCAGCGAGAUGGCGAGGUUGUUGCUGGGUGAGAAAGCAAACUUCGCUAUCUCCAGCGAAUUUAUUGCGGCCGUGGCUGUGCCGUUUGGUCAAAAGGGAAUGGAAUUCUUGAUCGAACAAAGUGGCUUGCGGAUUGAGGUAACAGAUCGAGUUCUCAAAGACAUCAAAUGGGCCGGAAGAAAUGUGGAGGUAAUCAGGAUGCUGCUCAGCAGAAACUUGACAGUCCGAGUGACGAACGACCUCGUCAAGUUUCUAGCCUGGGCAUAUUUUGCGGAAACCAUGCGGAUUUUGUUUGACAGACAUGAUGGAUUUAUCGCACUGACAGAAGAGAUCCUUACAUACGCUGUGCAUAACCGUGAAGGAGAGGAGACUUUGCAGCAACUUCUCAAUCAACAACCGUGGGAGCCCAAGAUCACUGAAGAAGUUAUUAUAGCUGUUGCAAGAAACCCCGUCUUUGGAGAAAGAAUGAUAAGGCUUCUCCGUGAUCAACUCUGGAAGGAAGUUAUUGUUACAGAGAUGGUCAUUGAGGCUGCCGAGCAAGUAACUCGUAAUCAUCCAACCACUAUCGCUGCAACGAGGUUCGAACAAGACGGAAAGCUUGAAUUCGGUUGCCAUACAGAUGGGAUGAAAACUCCACAGAUGAAUUCUAGAUUUUCAGGGACGCCCCAAGGUGUCAGAGGGGUUUUGUUGAUGUCCUCCAAAGUUGAUUUGCCUAAGGUACUUGACCUCUUUCCAUUAUCGGUCCACUCCAAACUCAUGGCGAGUAAUGGGCGACCCAGCCGGCGCCCUCUAGACUCUUUUCAUACCUAUCAUCUAUCAGCCAACAUGCGACCAGAUAGCCUGUCUUGCCACCAAGCUAGGGCUCUCUCACACGCCAACGCUACGUCUCACGGCGUCAUAAAGCUUCACUGUAGUCUUAAGACACACACGGCUUCUCCUCGCAUCAAGACGUCUCGAAGAAAUCAUGAUUCUGGACUGACAGCCCUCCUUCUCUCUCAUCGCACCGAACUCUGUCGAGUCUCGACCCCAAGGCUUGCGAACAGGUUUCAAAAGCUUCAGUGGAAAUAUCAGGCAGAAAAGCAUGCCACGGGGUCGAAACCCGCAAACCAGGUACCACCAUUUCUAUUCCCAGCACAAACAUCAAGUGAUGUCCGCCAUCCGACCAAUGCGGGCAAAACUAUCUGCCCGCGUGCCUAUCGACGUCCAAAGUUGGGUGUGAACCCCGACGAACGCAAAAUAAUUCUCCGAGGAAGCUUGAUGAACCCCGGUUUGGGAUUCAGAAAGUGUGUGGAAUACAGCUUGCUGAAGAUGGUUGCUCUUUCGCGUCUUCCAGCAUUCCCGCUGCCCAUUUGGCCGUCCGCCCUGGCGUCUCGGUCAACCAUCCUGACCACUUGGAUCUUGUCGCAAGCAAUCACUGAGAGGAUUCUUAUUCUUGGACUAUCCCAUAAGUCCUACUCGUUCGCCUCAACCCCCGGAAACCCCAAGAUAAGUUUGCUGUCAAGCAUUGACGACACAUCUAACUUCAGUAUCUGGUAUGAGACAGAGCUCGGGGUCCAGUCACAAACUCAGAAACUGGUCUCAAGUUUAACCAGUUUAUCGGGUAAUGUUUCCCCAAGCGACCUGUUGCUAGUCGGUCUCCCGGACUUGAGUCAGCUCCACGCAGACUCGGCAGUUAAGCAAAAGUUCAACCUCCCACGAUGGAAAUCGCGUCAAAAAUAUGGACGAUCUAGGAAUCGAACCCAGGACCUACCGCAUGCUAAGCGGUCAUUAUACCACUAA